AUGGUAUUGAGCACUCCAGUACUUCUUUCUCUGGCCGUUGCUGGCUGCAUUGCUUUAUACAAUGCAGUGCUAUGGCUAUUAUCAACCCGGCGGCCGUCGAACUACCCCCCCGGCCCCCGGCCGCUGCUGGGACUGGGUAAUAUCCAUCAGAUUCCACUCGCUUUGCCAUUCCUCAAGUACGAUGCAUGGGCAAAGGAGUACGGUCCAAUUGUUGGGCUCAAGCUCGGGCCUAAUAAUAUGGUCAUCCUGAACGACGCCAACCUCAUCUACGAGCACAUCGUCAAGCGCGGCCAGCACUUCUCUGCGCGGCCGCCGCGGUAUAUUGCGCAGGAGCACAUCUUGCCGGACGCUCGGAACACGUACAGUCUCUUCAUGCGAAACGACUACAGCCGGCGGCUGCGUACCAUCACCAAGCAGUUCCUUGUCGGCCAGGGAUUGUUCAAGCUGGCUCCCAUGCAGCAAGCUGCGGGCACACGCCUGAUCUAUAAUCUGUUCAAGUCGAGUGACGACUGGAUGGAGCAUAUCAUGCAAUGGUAUACAACAACAACGGGCGUGUCGACACCCGUUGCCAUGCUGAGCGGAGCUCCAGUCGAAGACUUUGGCGAGCACUGGAUCCACGACUAUCACUACUCCCAAGGGCUGAUGGAGGAACUGGUUGAUCCCGCGAGCGCUCCACCGGUGGACAUUUUCCCUAUCCUCCGGUGGGUGCCGUCUAUCUUUGCCUCGUGGAAAGGCAAGGCAGUCAAGACGCGCAAAGCUCUGCUUUAUGCGUACGGGGCCAUGAUGAGCCAGGCGAAAAAGGCUCGUCAUGGCUCGUUCCAGUCGGUCAUCCCAAGGCUCCUCGAACAGUCCGUCGAUCCAUCCGCUGCGCCCGAGGGUCGAUUCACCGAACAAGAGAUCAAACUCCUGAUGGGCGGAAUGCUGGACGCGGCUGUGGACUCCUCAGUGGUGACCUUUCAGAUUAUCCUCCUUGCACUGGCCGCCCAUCCAGAGGCGCAGCGUCGAGCCCAAGCCGAAAUUGACAGCGUUUUCAAGAGCGACACGGCCGUCCCCGAGUCUAUCGAUCUGAACGAGCUCCCCUACCUCAACGCCUGCGUGACUGAAGCGCUGCGGUGGCGCCCAGUGUCGCCCCUUGGGCUGCCACGCGAGACCAUCGCGGAUGAAAUCGUGCUGGGAUAUCACAUCCCCAAGGGCUCGACAGUGGUGCUAAACCAAUGGACGAUCCAGCAGGAUCCGGAGUUCUACGACGAGCCCGAACUCUACAAGCCAGAGCGGUUCAUCGAAGACGAAUUUGGGGCCAAAAAGGGCAUUUCGCAGGUGGGGAGGAAAACGCUCUACACCUUCGGCGCCGGACGCAGGGAGUGCCCUGGAAAGGACUUCUUCUUCCAGAACAUGCGCCUGGGUUUUGCGCAGAUUCUGUGGGCGUUUGAUGUCGUGCCAACCGAGCCGCUUCAUACCGAUAUCCUCACUGGGUUCACGUCCUCGGUGGUGCUCAGGCCGAAGGCGUAUGGAGUCAAAUUCGUCCCACGGCGAGAGAACUUUGAAGGCGCUCUGCUCGAGGGGAAGCUGAAGGCUGAGCUUAAGCUCAAGGAGAUUCUUACAUAG